UAUCCAUGGAGAUCUCCUGCGCCACCCUUCGGGCCCUCCAGGACCCGAGCGCUUCCGCUCUGCCUGGCUGACUGCGAGAAUGGCCUUCCGGCGCGCGGCUGGCGUCGUACGCACGCGCACGGCUCCCUGGCUCAGGCUCCGCCCACCUCCACUGAUGACUACGCUUUGGGGUUCGGUGGCAAAGUAAAGGUUCAAAUACAAUAGGGAGAGCGAAAGACGGAGGGACAGGAGAGGGCAAUCAGCGCAGUCCCUCUACCUCCACACGGCCAGGGCUCCAGGAAAGGCCAUUGCGAUUGUCUCGGGAACCGGCCACGCCCUGCUCUGCGUGACGUCACGGCCGCGCCUGCUCGCUCCUGCGCCUCAGUGGCUCCGAUUCCCUCCGUGGCUCUGGUGUGUGUUCCCGCAUGUCCAAGGCCUCUGGGCCCGGAAUCCAGUGAAUUCUGUGAGCGCUCUGGAGCCUCGGACAGAGAGGCGCGUUCUCAGUCUUGGACUGGCUUCCUGAGUACGGCUGGGUGUGACGGGAAGGCGGGGGCAGACGCUGGGGGGACCGCGGCGCAGCUUUGGCAUUAAUGGUUCAUUGAGGGAAAUUUGUACCUUUCUCUCAGGAAUUGCUUCAUCAUGCGAAAUCUAAAGUUGCUUCGGACUCUGGAGUUCAAGGAUAUUCAAGCAUCAGGGAAACCUCAGUGCUUCUCACUCCGAACUGAACAGAAUACUGUGCUCAUUGGUUCAGAAUGUGGACUGAUAGAAGUAGAUCCUGUCACAAGAGAAGUGAAAAAUGAAAUUUCUUUGGUGGCAGAAAGCUUUCUUCCAGAGGAUGGAAGUGGCUGCAUUGUUGGUAUUCAAGACUUGCUAGAUCAGGAGUCUGUGUGUGUGGCCACAGCCUCUGGAGAUGUUAUACUUUGCAAUCUCAUCACACACCAGCUGGAAUGUGUUGGGAGCGUGGCCAGUGGCAUCUCUGUCAUGAGCUGGAGUCCUGACCAAGAGCUGGUGCUCCUUGCCACAGGUCAGCAGACUCUGAUUAUGAUGACAAAAGACUUUGAACCAAUCAUGGAGCAGACAGUCCACCAGGAUGAUUUUGGAGAAAGCAAGUUUGUCACUGUUGGAUGGGGUAAGAAGGAGACACAAUUCCAUGGAUCAGAAGGCAGGCAAGCAGCCUUUCAGAUGCAAAUGCAUGAGUCUGCUUUACCCUGGGAUGACCAUAGAACACAAGUUACCUGGCGUGGUGAUGGACAGUUUUUUGCUGUGAGUGUUGUUUGUCCAGAAACAGGAGCUCGGAAGGUCAGAGUAUGGAACCGGGAAUUUGCUUUGCAUUCUACCAGUGAGCCUGUGGCAGGUCUGGGACCAGCCCUAGCCUGGAAACCCUCAGGCAGUUUGAUUGCUUCUACACAAGAUAAACCCAAUCAGCAAGAUGUUGUGUUUUUUGAGAAAAAUGGACUUCUUCAUGGUAACUUUAUGCUUCCCUUCUUCAAGGAUGAAGUUAAGGUGAAUGACUUGCUCUGGAAUGCAGAUUCCUCUGUGCUUGCUGUUUGGCUAGAAGACCUUCAGAGUGAAGAAAAUCCUGCUUUGAAAACCUAUGUUCAACUUUGGACUAUUGGAAACUAUCAUUGGUAUCUCAAACAAAGUCUGCCCUUCAGCACCAGUGAGAAGAGCAAGAUUGUGUCUCUUAUGUGGGAUCCAGUGACCCCAUAUCGGCUGCAUGUUCUCUGUCAGGGCUGGCAUUACCUCUGCUAUGACUGGCACUGGACGACUCACCGGAGCUUGGGAGAUAACUCAAGUGACUUGGCAAAUGUGGCUGUCAUUGAUGGAAAUAAGGUGUUGGUCACAGUCUUCCGACAGACUGUGAUUCCACCUCCCAUGUGCACAUACUACCUGCUGCUUCCACAUCCAGUGAAUCAAGUCAUGUUCUCUGCACACUCAAAAAAAAGUAAUGACCUUGCUGUCCUAGAUGCCAGUAACCAGGUUUCUAUCUACAAAUGUGGUGAUAGUGUAAGUAUGGACCCCACUGUGAAACUGGGCGCUGUGGGUGGAAGUGGAUUUAAAGUUCCUCUUAGAACACCUCAUCUGGAAAAGAGAUACACAAUUCAGUUUGAGAAUGGUGAAGAUCAAGAAGUAAACCCACUGAAGCUCACCCUUCUCACCUGGAUUGAAGAAAACAGUUUCCUGGCUGUAAGCCACAGUCAGGUCAGCCCACGGUCUGCUGUUCACCGUUUGACUAUAGCCUCUUCUGAGGUGGCUGAGGAGCAAGGGCAGCUCACCCUCAGCUCAUCUGUGACAGUGGAGGGGAUUAUAAUCACUCUGUGUUGCAGUUCCAAGACCAAAUCGGUAGCAUUGCAGCUGGCUGAUGGCCAGAUACUUAAGUGUCUUUGGGAGUCACCUUCUUUGGCUGUUGAACCAUGGAAGAGCCCUGGUGGAUUUCCUGUCCGAUUUCCUUAUCCAUGCAUACAGACUGAAUUGGCUGUGAUUGGAGGAGAGGAAUGUGUCCUUGGUCUGACUGACAGGUGUCGCUUUUUCAUCAGUGACACUGAGGUUGCAUCAGAUAUCACAUCAUUCACACUAUAUGAUGAGUUUUUAUUGUUGACAACCCAUUCUCAUACCUGCCUGUGUUUUUCCCUGAGAGAUACUUCAUUAAAAACAUUGCAGGCAAGUCUAUGCAGUAGUCAUGUGGCUAACGGGGAAGUUCUGCGGAAGGUGGAGAGGGGUUCACGGAUUGUCACAGUUAUGCCCCAGGAUACAAAGCUUAUAUUACAGAUGCCAAGAGGGAAUUUAGAAGUUGUUCAUCAUCGAGCCCUGGUUUUAGCUCAGAUUCGGAAGUGGUUGGACAAGCUGAUGUUUAAAGAAGCUUUUGAAUGCAUGAGAAAACUGAGAAUUAAUCUCAAUCUGAUUCAUGACCAUAACCCUAAGGUAUUUCUUGAAAAUGUGGAAACCUUCGUUAGACAGAUAGAUUCUGUAAAUCAUAUUAACUUGUUUUUCACAGAAUUGAAGGAAGAAGAUGUCACAAAGACCAUGUACCCUCCUCCACUUUCCAGCAGCGCCCAUCUGUCCAUGGAUCCUGCCAAGAAAAACCUUGACAUUAUCUGUGAUGCAAUGAGAACAGCCAUGGAGAGCAUCAACCCUCACAAGUACUGCCUAUCAAUACUCACAUCUCAUGUGAAGAAAUCUACUCCAGAACUAGAAAUUGUGCUACAGAAGGUACACGAGCUUCAAGAGAAUGGUUCAUCUGUUCCUGAUGCUGUGAGUGCAGAAGAGGCCUUGAAGUAUUUGCUCCUUCUGGUAGACGUUAAUGAAUUGUAUGAUUAUUCUCUUGGGACCUAUAACUUUAAUUUGGUCAUCAUGGUAGCUGAAAAGUCACAGAAGGAUCCCAAAGAGUAUCUUCCAUUUCUUAAUACGCUUAAGAAAAUGGAAACUAAUUACCAGAGGUACACUAUAGACAAAUACUUAAAACGAUAUGCAAAAGCUAUUGUUCACCUCAGCAAGUGUGGACUCCAAUACUUUCAAGAAUGCUUAAAUUUAAUAAAAGACAAAAAUUUGUAUAAGGAAGCUCUGAAGUUAUAUCUACCCAACUCACAGCAGCACAAGGCCAUCUGCCUUGCUUAUGGGGAGCACCUGAUACAAGAGCACCAGCAUGAGACAGCGGGGCUUGUGUUUGCCCGCUCUGGUGCCUACAGGGAAGCUCUCUCAGCCUUUCUGACUUGUGGAAGCUGGCAGCAAGCCCUCUGUGUGGCAACCCAGCUUCACUUGUCCAAGGACCAGGUGGCUGACCUAAGUAGGACUCUGGCAGGAAAGCUAGUUGAGCAGAGAAGAUACAAUGAGGCAGCCAUAGUUCUGGAACAGUAUGCCCAGGAUUAUGAAGAAGCUGUGCUCUUGCUGUUAGAAGGAACUGCCUGGGAGGAAGCUCUGAGACUGGUAUACAAAUAUAACAGACUGGAUAUUAUAGAAACCAACAUAAAGCCUUCCAUUUUAGAAGCCCAGAAAAAUUACUUGGCUUUUUUGGAUGCUCAGACUACCACAUUCAGUCGCCAUAAAAAACGCUUGCUGGUGGUUCGGGAGCUCAAGGAGCAAGCCCAGCAGCUGAAUCCAGAUUGUGAAGUGCCCUGUGAUCAAGAGUCAGACCUCUUCUCUGAAACUAGCAGCGUUGUGAGUGGCAGCGAGAUGAGUGGCAAAUACUCCCAUAGUAACUCCAGGAUAUCAGCGAGAUCUUCUAAAAAUCGCCGCAAAGCAGAGCGGAAGAAGCAUAGCCUCAAAGAAGGGAGUCCACUGGAGGACCUGGCCCUUUUGGAGGCAUUGCAUGAAGUGAUACAAAGCAUUGAAAAAUUGAAAGAUGAAGUACAUCGUAUUUUAAAGGCACUCUUUCUCUUUGAGUUUAAUGAGCGAGGAAAGGAAUUACAGAAGGCUUUUGAGGGUACUUUGCAGCUAAUGGAAAGCUCACUUCCAGAAAUUUGGACUCUCACCUACCAGCAGAAUUCAGCCAUCCCUGUUCUAGGUCCCGGUUCUACUGCAAAUAGUAUCAUGGCCUUUUAUCACCAGCAGAAGACUUCAGUUCCUGUCUUUGAUGCUGAGCUUUUCAUACCACCGAAGAUCGACAGAAGAACCCAGUGGAAACUGAGCCUGCUAGAGUGACUGAUGCAGUAGAAAGGCUCCAGCAAAUACCAGUUCCUUCUUGUUCUUAGUUGUCCUUCCAUCCUUGCUUCUGGAAGCCUGAGAACUGAGAAGUGUGAUAAUCAGCAUUGCCUACAGCUGCUGUGUGCACCAGCCUGCAGCGGACCCCAGGCAAUUAUAUUCUUAUUUUGGUGUACAUCUCAAUCACUAGCAAAACAUUAAGCUUUAGCCAACAUGUCAUAAGUUUUAAAGAAGUAUUGUUCUUGUAUUUAGUGCCGUUUGAGAGCAUGAUAACUCUAUUUAUAAUAAUCGCAAGAGUUGGGUCUUAAUUCCCAGUUACAGAUUUGAUUGAUAUUGGGACUGUGGACAAGUCACAUAACUGAUUUGUACCUCAGUUCUUUUCUGUUAGUAGGGAUUAAUGUUACAUGGCUUCUACCUCAGAAAUAUGAAGACAAAAUAAUGUUUCUAAAUUGUUUUAUGUUACUGGAAGAGAUUAUUAUAAACAACAGGCUAUCAGUGGUAUCAUUCUUUGUCAGAUGUAAUCACUUUAUUGGCUUCUUUUCAUCUUAAACAAACAGACAAACAAAAAACAACAAAAAGUCAAAUGUAUCACCUUGCCCAGUUUGUAUACUUCCAGUUUUCAUUAGGCUGGGCCUCUGUUCACUGUUACAGGCACUGUUUUAUUGUCUGUAUGUUCUGCUACAAAAUCAGUUGUGUUAGAGCUGGAACAGAUUAGAAUUUAUGAAAUACUAUCAGACACAUUUGGUACAGGUGAGCUGUUGCCUCAACCUUCACAGCGUAGGGUCUGGAAACUUGGGAGUGUGAUGGAAGAUGAAAAUUGGAAAAUAAGAAAGAAGGAAAAAUUAUGCUUUAUAGCUGGGACCAGGUGGACCAUAGCCUGAUGAGCUAAUGGCCACCUGGAGUCCAGCAUACUCUUUAUUUAUAGUGUAGGAAGGUAGGGUAACUAGUGCCACAUGGCCCACGUGACCUAUGUGGCCUAGGCUGAAUGUGAUUGUCUCAUGAUCAGAGCAUGUGCAGAAAAAGAACAAGGAUGCAUAAUAUAAUAGUCUCCUGGGGCUGUGCCAUCCACGAUCUACAAGUUUAUAGUCAGUCUGUUUGACUAGCUAGUCUAUGGAGGAGAAAGGGAGUAGGGCUUAGGUGAAGGACCAUUUUCAGGCUCUGCCUGUGGCAAGCAGUGCACAUUUUAUGGCAUUCAUAGUUGGAAAUUGUUCAUUAUUGUUCAAAUACUGCUUCCCUAACUGAAAUUUUUUUUCAGUGUCUAGGCCAUUUUAUCUGGUGUUUUUUGGGGGGUAGGGGGAUGAA